AUGUCCGAUCUAGAACUCGAGGUUCCUGGGGCCUUCGACCCGUUUGCUGACGCGAAUGCUGCUGAUGAUCCUGGAGCCGGAACUAAGGAUUACGUCCAUAUCCGUAUCCAGCAACGGAAUGGUCGUAAGAGCCUGACAACUGUUCAAGGCCUGAAUAAAGAAUUCAAUUACAACAAGAUAUUGAAGGAUUUCAAGAAGGAGUUCUGCUGCAACGGAACCGUCGUUCAAGACAUCGAACUUGGUCAGGUCAUUCAGCUUCAGGGCGACCAGCGGAAGAACGUUUCGGCGUUCCUCAUUCAGGCUGGUAUUGCGAAGAAGGACCUCAUAAAGAUGCAUGGUUUCUAA